UUGACGUUAUAAGUAAAUCGUCGUUUUGAACAUGGCCUCGAUGGAGUGCGCACUGAAAGACGAGGCAAGUUCAGGAGAUAUAACGCAAGUGCCAGUGUUUUCAGACGAAAGGAUCAAAAGGAUCGAAGAACAGGAAACAUCAGGAGAUCCGUUGCAAUCAUCCUGGACAUUUUGGUUGGGCAGAGCUAUUUCUGCUUCAACUGUUGAGGAAUAUAAGACAAAUUUAUUGAAGAUCUAUACUGUCAACACUGUACAAGGAUUUUGGGCUGUUUUUAACAAUAUACCAAGUGUUAAAUAUAUACAAGUGAGAUGGAAUUAUCAUUUGAUGAGAGAUGAAAGAUAUCCAUUGUGGGAGGAACCUGUUAAUCAACACGGUGGAACAUGGAGAUUAAAAUGCCAUAAAUCAGAUACUGAAAAGAUUUGGAAAGAAGUGGUGCUUGCAGCUAUUGGAGAGCAGUUUGAUGAAUGUGUAGCUGAAGGUGAUGAGGUUUGUGGAGUAACUGCAUCUGUAAGGGACAGAGAAGAUGUUGUUGAUAUUUGGAAUACAAAUGCUACUUUAGCAUCAAAAGCUACUGUCUUAGAGAAAGUUCAAUCUCUUCUGCCUAAUAUAAACUGCACAAAAUUCUAUAAACCCCACCAAUCGCAUCAUGCCUAUGGUCGCAGUUAAAAAGUUGAGAAGCUACAAAAAAUCUCAAAUUGUUGAUAAUUAUUAAUUAACGUUGUUUUAAUACACAGUUCUAAUAACCGUAUAUAAAUUGUUGAUAUUGUAAUUAUAAAUUGUGAAAUACAUUUUUAUAUUUAUUAA